UACCCUCUUCAACAUCUUGAAUAAGAGGCUGAAAGCUGGAAAUUUCCGCACGUGACAGCGACGCGCCGCUAUAUGAGGAAACCGGAGGGAGCAUCAGGACCAUUCAGCCAGCAGCGCGCAAGACGCACGCUCCAACUCCAACACAUUUAAAGCGAAGCGGCACGCCGCGGACAGAGCAGACUGAAAGAGGGUGAAAAACCCAGGUUAAAGCGAGUCCAAGACAUAAAGAGAGCUGGAGGAAAAAAGAAAAACCAGCCCUCCCUCCAAUUCACCACCUUUUUUCAUUCCUCCUUCUCGGACCUCCACUCUCAAAACGCGAGUUCCUUACAGUCACUCAGAGAGAGGGAUGCUGCGUGUUGCUGAGCCGCACUUGCACUCAGACGGAACCUAGAAGCGGAAUUACACUUCAUCUUUUCCUGAGAAGUGAACAAGGGGUCAUUCUGGCUGCUGUUACGCACCGUUUCGUGCUCAGUUUUAGGGGUUAAAAGGGGGCAGUUCAGGGAGAAUCUGGACAUUAACACACAGAAGAAUCUCUGCUUUCAUCUUCCACGAUCACAGGAAGGUGUUGAUUUCGUUACUUUCUUAUCACACCUUUGUUUCCCUUUCCAGCACAGACACGUUUUUGUUAUUAAAAGGAGAAUCAUCAGCGCGCUUUUUAAAAAUGCUUCCAGCCGAAGACGUGAUGCCAUGUCGCGUCUCCUCUGACAUUUGACACAUUUAAGGAUCAGCUAAAAGAAACUGGGCAAAUUGGACAAAAGCAAAGUCAGAAAACUUAUUUUAAGCCAAGCUGCAGGGAUUUUUUGCUUUUCUGUUUUUCUUUAUUGGAGUUCGAGCAAACCAGACCGCCGUCCAGAUGCAGUUUCGACUCUUCUCAUUUGCCCUGAUCGUCUUGAACUGUAUGGAGUACAGCAACUGUCAGGCGCCGUCGCACCGCUGGAGGAGAAACAAGAGAGCUAGCUAUGCAGCAUACCCAGUCUGUAAAGGCUGCUUAGCGUGCUCCAGGGAUAAUGGAUGCAUAAACUGCCAACCCAAACUCUUCCUAUUCCUGCGAAGGGAGAGGAUGAGGCAGUAUGGCGAGUGUCUUCAUGACUGUCCAGCUGGAUACUACGGCAUGCGCAGCCCUGAAAUCAACAUGUGCUCCAGGUGCAGGAUAGACAACUGUGAGUCCUGCUUCAGCAAAGACUUCUGCACCAAGUGCAAAUCUGGUUUUUACCUACACAAAGGGCGCUGUUUUGAUAAGUGCCCUGAGGGCUUUGCCCCGCUGGAAGACACAAUGGAGUGUGGAGAGGGCUGUGAGGUGGGUCAGUGGAGUGAGUGGGGAGCCUGCACCAGGAGAAACAAAACCUGUGGCUAUAAGUGGGGUCUGGAGACCCGAACGCGGCACAUUGCUAAGAAACCUCCCAAGGACACGAUACCUUGUCCCACCAUUGCUGAGUCCAGGAUGUGCAAAAUGGCCAUGAGACACUGCAGGAGAGGUAAUUCAGGGAAGCACCGAUCCAAAGAGCCAAAGAAGAACAACAAGCAGAGGCUGCGGUUUAGGGCCCAGAACCAGCACAGCGACCACUUGGCCUCUGCGCGCUCCAGCCAGUAAGGACUGAAACCUCCCAGUGAACACAGAAAAAAACGCAAAGCUGCUAACCGCUGCUGCACCCAUACUCUGACUGACAACUAUCACCAACCCCAUCCAUAUUCCCACCUGCCUUCUAGCCCUCCCCAAGCCUCCUCAGCUCUGCCCACCAUGACACAAAUCCACCCCCCUUACCCCCCCAAGAUAAUAUGUACUGUAAAUGUGAGAUAUCAGUACCAGUACAUGCUCUGCCUCCCACUGCUUCCCCCUCCUGUUGCUGUGACCAGCCAGGUGACUCUGCUGCUUCCAGCGCCAUCCUUUGCCUUGUGGACCUUCACAGUUAACAUAACUGAACUCAUUUCACGUCAUUAACGACACCAUUAACUGUACAGGGUGACAGAAGAUGGAGGGGAACCAGGAGGUAACGUGGAGGCAGGAGAGCCAGGAAGAGAGCAGCAGAUAGAGGAGGGAGUCAAGGAGUCUGGAAGCUAACCUGCAACGGAGAGAAGGAUGUGACAAAUUCUCUAGGAUGAAGAAGCAGAGAAGAUUCAGUUGGAGCAAUGAUGCUAAUGGACAGAAAAAAUGGCAUCUUCAAAAAAGAGAGACAGUUUUUUUUGUUCAUAUAUUUAUGUCAAAGCUACCCUCGUCCUCCUUCCCUCUAAAUGAAAACAGAGUUUUUCCAUGUGUGGCCUUUUAUGUUAUGUAUAUUUUCCAGAGUAAUAUUAAGAAAACAAACCCAUGCAUAGUUGCAAAAUAUUUUAUUCUCAGCACAAACUGUUUACGUUCAGACUGCUUAAUGCUGUAUCUGUAUAGUGUCACCUAAUAAAAAAAAGAUGAAAUUAUGUUGUUCAACUAGCAUGGCAACAGACUUGUACAUAGUUGAUCGAAUUAUAAAAGCCUAUUACUGUAUUUUCAGUAUUGAGUCAUCCACCAUUCUAAUUGUUUUAGAAAUGAAAAAGGUUGUAAUACAAGCUACAGAAUAAAAUAAUGAAAAACUUAAUAAACUUAGCCACCUCAUAGCUAUUUCAUUCAUAUGGUAUAUAUUUGAUUUAUUUAUUAAUUCAGUUUUGUACUUUUUUUUGUUCAGUGAGAAAUUUUGCCUCACACUGUUUGUGUUAUUCUAAGAUAUCCUUUCCUUAUAUAUAUGCAGAAAAGAUUUUGUCUGUCAUAAAAGUGUUGUAGGCUGUAAAAUUUUUUUGACCUCAUCUACUGAUUUUUGAUGCUUUAUAAAAUGAGAAAAAAAUGAAACUAUGCUUUGAUGUAUUCUAGGUUUAAUAAUUAGGCUCCAGCUAAUGUAUGGUCAUAGGACUGCAUAUGUGUACAUUGUGUUUUAUUAAAACUGCAUUUCAUGUGACUGUAUGAUAAGGCCUUUUAUUACUGUCUGUGGCUAUAAUAUAUGUGGCUAAACUCUGAA